AUCAGAACACGGAUAUAAUACAGAUUCGGAAUGUAGAUAUAAUACAGAUUCUGAACUUGGUACAGAUUCUGAACUUAGACAGGAAUUUGACGACUUGACUUAUGAUCAUUCAGAAGAUCUAAGUAGUAAAAAUAAAUUUAAUACUAAUACAGAUUGUAGUUCAAAUAAUGAGAGUGAAUCGGUCUUCACUAAUAUAGAUGACUUACCGAAGAUAUUUGAUGGAACAAAAUACAAUUCGAGUUGGAAUUAUGGAUGCCCAUUUGAGCCCUUUAAAAAUUUUACAAAUCUUGCUAUGUUUAUAUGGGUCACUGAAUAUAUGACUUCAACUGCGGCCUACUACAAUUUAGUACAAAUUUUAUAUCAUCCUAAAUUCAAUAUAAAUCAUCUACCCACAAAUUUGCAAAGUCUUAAAAAACAGCGCGAACAGCUACCAUUGAUGAAAAUUCAAAGUCAUAUGGCCCCAAUAAAUAUUAAAAAUACUCUGUCCACCAUUAAAGAUUGCACUCGAGUUUACUACUUUUCUUUAAUAGAACACUUUCAACGAAUAUUAAAAAAUCCAUCCCUUAGCUCCCAAUUAUAUUUUGGACCUGGCAUCUUUUCAGAAUCAUGUGAAGAAUUUGGUCAAUGGAAGCUUCGUUCAAUAAAACUACGCCACCAACAUCCAGCUGAAUGUUUGCCCAUCAAAUUGCCAACAAAUACAAAUUUGCCAGUUCUUAAAUUUUAUUUAGACCUAUAUUAUGACGAUUUUGGAACCUUUCGUAAUACUUAUUAUUCUUUGGGUAGAGUUUAUCUACAGGUUGGAAAUAUGCCGCGACGAUUAAGAAAAUGGCUAAGGAAUCAUUUCAUAAUUGGGCUAGUGCCUUUUGGUGGAAGUCUUAAAGACUUUAUUAAAGUUAUUAUUAAUGAAAUUCAUCAACUAGAACAAAGAUUUAUAAUGAACAUAAAUGGUGUUGACUGUUGGGUUUCGGGUGAGCUAGCUAUGGCUACGGCAGAUUUGCCGCAGGAAAAUGAUAUUGCAGGUGUUUUACAGCAUAAUGCAAAUCUAGGGUAUCAUAGCUGUAAAGCUCCAAAAGAUAAACUAACUGAUCUUUCAUUUGAUAUAUAUUUUAAUGGUCGUUAUUAUCAAAUAACCAAUCAAGAAUUUCAGCAUAUAAGUGAACAAUUAACAAAGACAACACGAUCACGACUUUGUUCACAAUAUGAGUUGCGAUUAUUACCAAGCCCACUAGACCCUAUUCUUCAUGAUCGCUAUCAAUAUACCCUGCAAGAUGUAUAUCAUGCUAUUGCAGGAAAGCUGCAAGACUCCUUGAUUGCACUUCAUGAUCUUGAGCUUACAUUACUCUGUCAAAUCAAUACUUUACAAAUGUUAAGAUAUUUAGUAGACGGUGUUCAAAUUAACAAUACUGAUAUGACCAUAUUUAAAGAUCUAUUUAUUGAACCAAAGUUCCGUCACUUAUUGUCAGGAUGGUGUAUCGAUAUUAGUAAUUUUUCAAUACAUACUUCACAAGAGUAUGAUCAAG